CUGCGAGCCACACAAACAACAACAGAGCUCAGCUGUUCGGCAGCUAGCGUUAACUAGCCGGGCGAGUUAUUGAAUACCGUACAGUUAUUUUUUAAUGUUGGAUUUAUACAAAUAGCGUUACAGUUACUAGGGCUUUCGGACAUAAAGUCAGUUCUAUAAAAUCCUGAACAAUGCGUAGUGACUGAGUUGCAUUUCUAACUCCUUUGUCCCUAUGCUAGCUCUAUUAGCUUUUAAAGUGAGGACGGGAGGGACCCUGUUCGACCAAAAGACUUCACCAGACCACAGAUAUUUUUGGCAAAGUCAGACCACGAGAGCCCCCGGUGGAGAUUCUGACCUCCACCACUGACCACCAAUAUUACUUCCCCAUUUUUCAUCAUGUCACCACGGAAAAGACCCCUAGUCCCUGUAAGCAGCCGACGGAAAACAUUGGACGACUUCUUUCCUUUCAAUCUGCUGCCAGUGGAGUGCCAGCUGCAUGUCUUUUCCUUUCUGAGUGAGGUGGACAAAUGCAGCUGUGCUUUGGUUUGCUUUAGCUGGAGCUGCAUCGUCCGCUCCUGGAAGCUGUGGCGGGUGGCAGACUACUCCCGUCGUGGCGUCUUCCACCUGGGACAGGAGGGGCUGCUUGUUUCUAACCGUGAGUUUGAGAGGUGGAAAUCCUGGGUCCACCAUUACACCCACCACCUGAUCUCCCGCAGAGCCAGCCUGCUCACGCUGAAGGCCAGCUUUGACUUGGGGGAUCGCUACAACAAGUGGGGUGAGCUGCUGAAUCACCUGCUGGAUAAUGUCCACUGCAGAGACCUCAGCCACCUGGAUCUUAAUUGGACAUUUACGCUUCUUGAGCCGCUAGAUCUCAGGGUUCACUCCAACUCACAACAGGACAGCAUUACUAAGAUGGACCAGCUGACCAGUUUCCAGGAGCUGCUGACCAAGCUCACCCAUAGCUGCCCACGCAUCUCCAAGAUGCGGUUACAUUUCGACUGGUCAGAUGUCUCUGUGUCGCUGCUCACGCAGUUCCAGCAGCUCAGAGUCCUCGAGCUCAAAUAUUUCUGGGUCUUUAAAGGAGUGACUCCCUCAACUCUGCAGAACCUAACCAAAUCCCUGCCUAACCUGAAGUCUCUGACUUUACACAUUCUGGUGCCAAUGAGGAACCUAGGCAUCUCAUACACUCUGGAGUCUCAGUCGUUGGAGUUCCUGGACGUGUCGCCUAGCCGAGGCUUAGUCUUUUCCUCUCUGAAACUUCCUGCCCUGCGUGAGCUACAAGCCAAGAAGAUUGUCCGCAGCAUUACACUGGACCGAAGGACCAGGCUGAGGAUCCAGAGCCGCUGGCCCUGUCUGUACCACGUUCUCCGAGAGGGGACGCCAAAGCUCCAGGCCCUCAACAAUGAGAGGCUACUCCCCACAUGGAGAGAGGAGAGCUAUGGUGAGCUGUCUGCCAUCCUGGAACAGUCCUGUUACUGUGUUCAGCAUCUAGACAGCUGGCUGUGGUAGUUAACCACAUGAUAUUAAAAGAAGUACAUUCCAUAGCACGCCAUUGGUUGAUAGAAAGCAAUAUACUGCUUUUACACAUACAAUAUGUCUCCUCAUUUGAAUGAAUGUAUUCAGAGAAAGAUAAAAUUGCACAUAUUUGCAGAUAAAAACUGAGACUUGAAGAAAAAUCAGAGGACUGCAAGUUGUUUCCAAAUCUUAAACAGAAAGUUGCUGUUACAGCUGGAAACACUUUCCCAAGACAAUGAUACACUGUUUUAUUAUUAAUCAACUGCAACUGUUGUAUUUUGGUUGUUCUUUGUUUCUGAAAGGCAAAUGUCUUUUAUGCUGAUUGCACUAUGUUGUGCUGGCCCGGAUUCAUUUCCACUGGAGUUCUGUGCUAGAAAAAUGAACAUCAACCACAACUCUACCCAAGCCAGGUGUUGCGUGGCCCACAUAUUCAGAAGCAGACUAGAUGAUAAAGAGUUGUUGCUUAGAGUUGUGGAGAAUGCCCUUUACAUUUAGCUCAUACAAGGAGAAAAUGAUGAACAUAAGGUCAUUGAAGAAAAUAUUUUUUAAAACAAUCAUGUUUUCAAGAAAAAGUUGGAAUACGUCAAUGAAGUUGUAAAACAGGAUGAGAAAGGUGUUGCAAUGCUGAAGUGAAAAAUAUGAAAUUUGGGAACAAAGAAGAAUGAGAAGAAGCUCUAAUAUGUCAGGAAUACAGUCCUGUAUUUAUUUUGAGAAAAUUGUCAUAAUUUCGAGAAAAAGUUGUAAAAUAAUGAGUCAUCCUGCUCAGCGUGUUAAAAUAUUACAAAUUUAUUCCCAAAAUAUUGCAGCAUUAGCUUGAAACAUGACUGUUCUCUUCUAGAAGAAUGUUGAGCUUUUUCUCUUGGUAUCAGAUUGCCAUGAAUAAUGCUUUCUCACUUUCUCAGUUGUAGAAAAAAAACUUGGGCUGUACUGUGAAAUCAACUGUUGUUAUUAUUCUGCUUAUUGAUUGAAUUUUUUGUAUGUAUCCUCAAAGACAGUCAUCUACUGUUUCUAUUUGAUGGGAAAGAGUGUAGAGGUAUUAGGCCUGUAUGAGAGAAGUGCAUAAAUUGAAGAUGAGGCCUAUUGUGCACAUGCACAAUGAAUCAAUAUCAGUCAUCAUAUGCUCACAGAAUACAAUAAUGUUUUUGUAUUCUAAAUAACUCAUUUUAAUCACGUAAAUAUUAGUAAUGCAAAAACGUUUGACUGAUCUGUAUCGAGAAAGACAUAAUUGGAACAAGUUUCUCAAAAUUGAUGUGUACUGACCCUGGGUCAAUAGAAACAUGUCCUUUAUUCUCCUUUUGAAUGGCUGCAAACCCAAGCAAGUUCUGUGUAAGAAGUCUGAGUCAACUUAACAUCCAGACUGCCAAUAUUAAGCUGGUGUAAUCACAGCCUGUCAGGAAUGCAGCCCGGCUAAAGGAGGGUUCAUUCCUGUGCUGGACCACAUCACACGCAACAUUUUGUUUUCAUGAGCUCUGCUUUUUUUGUCCAUCGUUAAUAUGUAUGAGGUUAUUUCAUUGUGUGUGUUUCUUUUAAAGCUGAGAGAAGAAAAUGUAGGGAUUUUAUCAGGUUCUAUUUUAUCAGGUUUUAUGUUUCUGUCUUAAAAUGAAAAAUAUCCUCAACUCAUGAUAUGUGGAAGCUUUUUGCACAUUUCCAGAAGGCUAUUGUUGCUCCAGUCAGCGCAAUACAUUUUUGCUCUUUCAUAUGCAGAAAAUAGCCAUUUUUUGAUUAUGAAUUCCAUGUAUAUAAUAAGUGUUUAAUUUCAUUUGCUUUCCUUUUUAUCAUGAUUAUCAUGUGUUUGCUUCUGACAUCUGAAAAAUUAAAUCAGUACUUUUGCAGUU